UCCAUUCCACACCUAAAGCCCCCACUGUUACAAAAUUCACACUUUCCCACUCUUCCCUCCUUUCUCUUCUUCAACUUCUUUUUUCCCCCUCCAAUCACCAAAAACCCUAGCUAAAUUUUCUCUAACCAGAAAAAAAUUUGUACAAAAAAAAAAAUAACCCAUUUCUCAAUUCCUUUGGAAAUCCAUUUUCUCGGAAUUUUAUUUUUUUCAGCUUCCGAGCUGUCAUUUCCCAGGAACUACUUUAUCAUAGUUCAUUCCAACUAAAUUUCCGAUCUUUUCUCUUUCUCUUUUCUUAAUGUUUGGUUUUUUCAAUGCCCAAUUUUUUGUUAAUGAUUAUGAAUUUGUAUGAAUAGGAAAUUCGGCAUUUUGUUAUACAAUUUAAAUAAAGUUUAUAUUUUUCUUCUGUAUUUUUUAUUCUCUUGUAAACUUGGGGUUUAUCAUAUAAAAUUUUGAUUGUUCUUUUUGGUUUUGUAAAUUGAAUCUGUAUUAUGUUUGGGAUUUGAAUGGUUGGGGAUGGAGAAAAGUGGGGAAGCGAUCGAUGAUCAGGGUUCUGGAUGGUUCGAAGUAAAAAAGAAGCAUAGAAAUAAUUCGAAGUUCUCCCUGCAGAGUUGGGUUGGGGGAUUUACUGGAAAAAAUGCUUCCGGUCCUUCGUGUAGCAAGCCCUCAUUAAGUGAAAACGUUGGAUAUUGCCGUGGUAAAGGUAGGGGAUCACAGCUUCCAAAAGGAGUGCAUCAUGAUGUACAUAGUCGGAGAAGUGUUGCAAAUUCCGUUCGUGCAUCAAAUGGAGAUAAACAAGGUGUAACCUUCCUUCAUAAUGGUCCUGGUAAGCAAGAAACUGAAUGUACCAAGUUAUCUGAAUCAGAAACUUCGAAUUUGAAAGAUGAAAAUAAUUUAUCUGAGAAGGCUCCUCAGAAAGAUAAUCCUACCGUGGUUCAUAAAAUCAACUGGGGUGAUCUAGAGGAUAAUGAUUCAGCGCCUAAUCCUGAAAAUGCUCUUGGAGCUGGAAUCAAGUUUGGUGCUAUUGGAGAUGAUAUUUUAGUUCCCUUUAAGGGGAAUGAGAAUGAUGAUAAUAUGGUUUCCUGUGCAUUUUCUUGUACAAAUUCCCAAGAAAAUAAAUUGGUGGCAGCAUCUGCGAGUGUAGAUACUGUUUCUCAUGAGGUGCCACUGAUGACUCCUAAGGAUCAACAACUUGAACAAAAAAGUAAAGAGGCAAAUGAAAUUCCAAUGAGAAAUGCUGAAGAUGUCAAUGAAAUUGUGAGUGAAAAAAUAGUUGAUCUGGAUACUGCUGUCUCAAUGAGUGGGGAUAUACAUACUGAAGAUGUCAAACAUGUAAAUGGUGACUGCUUAAAUGUUAUAACUCCAUCUGAUGAAGAGGCUGGGAUGCUAGUGAAGCUUCAGGCAUCACUAGUUACACCUGAGAUAGGUGAUCCGGAAAUUUCUGAGGUACCCAGACCCGUUGGGGAUCCAAGUGAAUCAGUUCUGAUCGAAAAAGAUACUGAGUUAGUUUUAACUGACAAGAGUGCACCUGAAAAUUCUGGAGAAUCUACCUUCACAGAAUCUUUUGAAGACCAUGGUGUUCCACAGGAUGGUACAACAAAUGAUAAUGCAUCAAGCACACAGAACGUGAUGACUGUUGGAGAAUGUGAGACGGGUGAAAGCAAAGAGAGAUUUAGGCAGCGUUUAUGGUGCUUUCUUUUUGAGAAUCUCAAUCGGGCGGUAGAUGAACUUUAUCUUCUUUGCGAACUAGAAUGUGACUUGGAGCAGAUGAAAGAGGCCAUUCUUGUUCUUGAAGAGGCUGCUUCUGAUUUUAAAGAUCUAAACACCAGAGUGGAAGAAUUUGAGAACACAAAAAGGACAUCUUCUCAGUUCAAUGAUGGGGUGCCUAUCACUUUGAAAAGUGAUCAUCGCAGGCCACAUGCUCUUUCAUGGGAGGUUCGAAGAAUGACGACUUCAGCACAUAAAGCAGAAAUACUUUCUUCAUCCCUUGAAGCUUUUAAGAAAAUCCAACAAGAAAGAGCUGCAUUGCAUCAAGCUAAUGAUGUGAAAAUCCUUGGGUCUGGAUAUUUAAAUCUCCAAUCCAGUGAUAGUCUAAAGAAGUCUUCUGGAAUAAGUGAUGGAAUACCCAAUGCAAAAGAUUCAAUAAUUAAAUCAGGAAAACAAAGUAGAGGUUCAGAUGUCACUCAAGAAGACCUAAGAGGAGAGAAACUAAAAAUUGAAUCGGUUGGGUCUUCCAAAGUGAAUCUGAUGCAAAAUGGACAAGUUCCUUUGCAGGUUUCAUCCUCAGGUGUUAUUACGUCUAGGUUACCUCCUAGGGACAGUUCAAGUUCUGGAAAGUAUAGAAGAGAACAGCCUGGAUCUGAAGCAGAGAAACUGCUUUCCAAGAAAGAUAAAAUGUUGACAGAAGGCACUUCAGAGAAAAAUCCCAAGAUGACAGAUCAUGGUAAGAGGCAAAAUAAUAUAUGUGACCAAGAUAAGGAAAAGGAGAAGAGGUAUGGAGCACCUUGGAAAUCCAUGAAUGCUUGGAAAGAGAAGAGAAACUGGGAGGACAUACUUUCAUCUCCUUACCGGGUCUCUUCUCGUAUUUCUCAUUCACCAAGCAUGAGCAGGAAAAGUGCUGAGCGUGCACGUAUGUUGCAUGAUAAGCUAAUGUCUCCUGAAAAGAAGAAGAAAACUGCAAUUGAUCUGAGAAGGGAAGCAGAAGAAAAGCAUGCAAGGGCUAUGAGAAUCAGAAGUGAGCUGGAGAAUGAGAGAGUUCAAAAGCUUCAGAGAACCUCAGAAAAGUUGAUCAGGGUCAAUGAAUGGCAGGCUGUUCGCAAUUUGAAGUUGCGAGAGGGAAUGUAUGCUCGACAUCAACGGAGCGAAUCUCGACAUGAAGCAUUUCUAGCUCAAGUUGUAAGAAGAGCUGGUGAUGAGAGCAGUAAAGUUAAUGAGGUUCGUUUCAUUACUUCAUUAAAUGAAGAGAAUAAAAAGCUUAUGUUGCGCCAGAAACUUCAUGAUUCGGAGAUGAGGAGAGCCGAGAAACUCCAAGUGAUAAAAACUAAACAAAAAGAGGAUAUGGCAAGAGAAGAAGCUGUUCUAGAACGGAGGAAACUCAUUGAAGCUGAAAAGCUGCAGCGCCUAGCUGAGACACAAAGGAGAAAGGAAGAGGCUCAGGUUAGAAGGGAAGAGGAACGCAAAGCAUCAAGUGCAGCACGUGAGGCAAGGGCGUUGGAACAAUUACGUAGAAAGGAGGAAAGAGCCAAAGCCCAACAAGAAGAAGCUGAGCUUCUGGCACAGAAAUUAGCUGAGAGACUUAGUGAAAGUGAGCAACGUCGCAAGUUCUACCUGGAGCAAAUACGAGAAAGAGCUUCUAUGGAUUUCAGGGAUCAAUCUUCCCCAUUACUGCUCCGAUCUGUAAACAAGGAGUGUCAGGGUAAAUCUACACCAACCAACAAUUGCGAAGAUAAUCAAGCUAGCAACUUCUCAGGCUUAGGAAGUUCUACUCUCCCAACAAGCAAUGUUACAUUGCCACAUUCGAUGAAGCGGAGGAUUAAAAGAAUUCGGCAAAGACUUAUGGCUUUAAAAUAUGAAUUUUCUGAGCCUCCUGUUGGUGCUGAAAAUUCUGGAAUUGGAUAUAGAACAGCAUUGGGUACUGCAAGGGUGAAAAUCGGGAGAUGGCUUCAAGAACUUCAGAGACUUCGCCAGGCAAGAAAAGAAGGGGCUUCUAGUAUUGGGAUAAUAACUGCUGAAAUGAUCAAGUAUUUGGAGGGAAAGGAUGCUGAACUGCAGGCUUCUCGCCAAGCUGGUCUUCUUGACUUUAUAGCUUCUGCCUUACCUGCUUCUCAUACAUCAAAACCUGAAGCCUGCCAAGUGACAAUACAUCUUUUAAAGCUUUUGAGGGUGGUUUUGUCAGUGUCUGCAAACAGGAGUUAUUUUCUUGCCCAGAAUCUCUUACCCCCAAUAAUCCCGAUGCUAUCAGCUGCCCUUGAGAACUAUAUAAAAAUUGCAGCAUCCCUAAAUCAGCCAGCUAGCACGAAUUUUCCUACAAGCAAAACAUCAGCUGAAAAUUUUGAAUCAAUAUCUGAAGUACUUGAUGGUUUCAUAUGGACUGUGACAACAAUUCUUGGUCACAUAAGCUCUGAUGAAAGACAGCUCCAAAUGCGGGAUGGCUUGCUAGAGCUAUUGAUUGCGUACCAAGUUAUUCACCGGCUGAGAGAUCUGUUUGCACUUUAUGAUCGGCCUCAGGUUGAAGGGUCACCAUUUCCCUCUUCAAUUCUCUUGAGCAUACACUUUUUGGUGGUUUUAACAUCCAGACCUGAAACAAAUUGUUUGAUUGAUUGGGAAUCUCUACCUACUGAUACAGUGGUAGGAAGUGGAAUUGAUGAGGAAAAAGUGGAAGAUUCUGCUGAUACUAAAUCAGUCCCUAUGCUACAUUCUGGAGAUUUCAGACCUCCAUUAUCAGUGCUAAAUGGUAGUAAAAUUGCAACGCUACCAGAUGUACCAGAGGAUAGACCACUAGAUGAAUCAUAUAAGAUGAAUAAAGAUGAUUUGUCAGUGUCCAUUGCCAGGGAAGGUGAAAAGGAACAGACUAGUACUUCAGUGGAGGUGAAUAGUAUUAACACGGUCAAGACAGAUGUUCCAGAUGAACCCCAAAAACAUUUAAUUGAAGACAACGUGAAGCCUCUUUUACCCCAGAAGGAUGAGAAACACUUGGUUGAUGCUGGCAUAGAACAAAAGGAUGAAAACAUUUUGACCUUGGAACAGCCAGUAGGAUUUCUUCUUUCUGCCAUAUCGGAAACUGGUGUUGUCAGUCUCCCUUCUCUGUUAACAGCUGUAUUACUGCAGGCAAACAAUAGACUGUCUUCUGAACAGGCUUCAUAUGUCCUUCCAUCAAAUUUUGAGGAGGUGGCUACCGGAGUGUUGAAGGUGUUGAACAAUUUGGCUCUUUUGGAUAUUAAAUUUAUGCAGAGAAUGCUGGCUAGGCCAGAUCUAAAAAUGGAAUUUUUCCAUUUGAUGAGUUUCCUUCUAUCACAUUGCAACAGCAAGUGGAAAGUAUCUAGUGAUCAGGUUGGUUUGCUUCUGCUCGAGUCUCUGUUGCUUCUUGGUCACUUCGCAUUGUUCCACCCCGGGAAUCAAGCUGUUCUUCGAUGGGGAAAGAGUCCUACCAUUCUUCACAAGGUAUGCGAUCUUCCUUUUGUAUUCUUCAGUGACCCAGAGCUGAUGCCGAUCUUAGCUGGUACACUGGUUGCUGCAUGUUUUGGGUGUGAGCAGAACAAAGGUCUGGUUCAGCAGGAAAUCAGUAUAGAUAUGCUGCUUUCCUUGUUAAGAUCUUGUAGAAAUGUUUUACCAGUAGUUCGAUCAAAUUCCAACACAGACAAUAAUAGCCCAAUAGAUGACUCUUGUGAAUGUAAUCAACUGUGUCUUGACUUUAAAAAGGCUCAAGUUGACAUUCCCCUAAGAUCUACCCGACAUAACACAAGAAAUACUAGGCUUUCAUUUGGAAGAAGUGGUGCUUUGGGAAACAGCAUGAAAAUUGGUAAGUUAAGAAGCCAAAGAGAUAGUAAAGCAAUAAAGAACUGUGAAGAAGUGGCUCUGAAACAUAAUCUGCCAGCUCCAGAAACUUCCUCUAUGAUGUUGCAUUGUAGAUUUCCCCUCAGCUUCAUUGAGAGAGCAGAAAACUUCUUUUCAACUGGUACCCCAAGCAUGGGAGAUUAGGUAAAGAGAUCAACCAUGCCAGAACCCUACUUUCAUUUUUUGGCUGAUGAUAUUUUCUUUGGGUCAUAUGCUCACUUAGGAAAGUGCGGUCAAGUACUAGAGACUAAUAUGCAAUUUUCAACGAAGAGUUUCUUCUCUAAAACUGCAGCAGACACUCAACUGACAGAGGCUUAACACUAUCGGUAUUGAGAUGAGAUUUACUGGUCGAUUUGUCAAGAAUAUGCUCUGAAGUCACAAGGCGGUAUAUGUGUGGGGUUUCAAGUAAAGUCAUACUAGGACAUGAACUGUAGGUGUGAAUCCAAUGGGCAAUGGGCGGUAUCUUUUAUGAUAAUGUAGUAUUCUUUGAUUUCCCCUAUUUAACAGCACCAGGUGUCCAAAGGGAUACAGGUGAAGCAUUAUUGUACCAACUGAUACCAACUGAAUUAUCAGCUUAUGAUAAUAAAAUGCAUCCAUAGGUAUAUAUUUACUCUA